GUAGGCCCGGCUGGCCUCGUUCUGGCUGCUGCCGCCGCGCUGAGGCGGAGUAGGAUGAGGCCCCGGGCCGCGGCUCCAGCGUCGGCAGGGGCAACAGCAGCUGAGGCAGCAGCUGAGGCAGCCGCGACUGCCGCGCCCCCCGCUCCUGACCUGGAUUAGGCCCAGCAGCCCCGUGGCCGCCGCCGCCCCGCGGGGGGCGGGGUGGGGGAAGCGCUCGGUCUCCCCGCCCCCGCCCCCCUCAGGCUCCCGGCGCGACCCCUGCGCAGCCCGCGGCCUAGCCUCGCGCCCCCUGCCCCGGGGGCUGGCAUGAGCGGCCCCUCGGCGGCGCCGGGGCGCGGGGGAGUCGCUGCCUGAGCCCCCGGGCCUGCCGCCUCGGACCCCGCGGCGCCUAGCUCGCUGGCCGCUGAGUGUGCGAGAGACCGGGUCCCAGCUUUCUUCCUCCCCCAGAUCGCACGCACACACCCCAGCCCCGGAAGAUGGGGAACUGCCUCAAAUCCCCGACCUCGGAUGACAUCUCCCUGCUUCACGAGUCUCAGUCCGACCGGGCUAGCUUUGGCGAGGGGACGGAGCCAGAUCAGGAGCCGCCGCCGCCAUAUCAGGAACAAGUUCCCGUUCCUGUCUAUCAUCCAACACCUAGCCAGACUCGGCUAGCAACUCAACUGACUGAAGAGGAACAAAUUAGAAUAGCUCAAAGAAUAGGCCUUAUACAACAUCUGCCUAAAGGAGUUUAUGACCCUGGAAGAGACGGAUCAGAAAAAAAGAUCCGAGAGUGUGUGAUCUGUAUGAUGGACUUUGUUUAUGGGGACCCAAUUCGAUUUCUGCCGUGCAUGCACAUCUAUCACCUGGACUGUAUAGAUGACUGGUUGAUGAGAUCCUUCACGUGCCCCUCCUGCAUGGAGCCAGUUGAUGCAGCACUGCUUUCAUCCUAUGAGACUAAUUGAGCCAGGGUCUCUCGUCUGACUUCAAGUGAACCAUCACUUUUGGUGGUUUUGAUCUUUUGUCACUGAGCCCAAAGAGCCAGGGAUUAGGAAUUAAGAUCAUGCACAAAAGUUUCCUAAAAAUUCCUGGAUGGCUGCAGAUGUUGAGGAAAGUAUGUGAUAUUUUAGAAACUUACGGGGGAAAGUAGGAUGGAUCGUAUUUUUAUGUAAAGCCUUGACCCAGUGUUUAUAAUUGUUAUUAGACCUUGUUCUUGCUCCACUACAUAGGAAUUGUGUAAAGUGUAACAGCAAUUGUACAUGUUUAAAUUGUGUGUGUUGAAGAUUAGGAAAAAGAUAGUUGUUAUUUUUCCUAAAUGAGAUAAGUUUGUUCUCCCUUCCAUCCAAAUUCUUUUCUGAAGAGUUACUGGCAUUUGGGUCAAGGUUUUAUUAAAAGCUACAUUUUAUAACACUGGCACAAAAAAAAGUAGUUUUAAGCUUGUUUGCACAGUUCUUUUUUUCCAUUGGAAAUGGAAUUCAUUGCCUUAGGUCUUUUUAAAUAGUGUAUUAUUAUCGUUGGGGCUGGCUCUAUGCUUGAAAACCAGUUUAUUUAUAACCUGUUGUAAGUGCUAUAUUCUGUUUGCAGUUAGGAAAUGCAGAAUUCAAAGUGAUCUCCUAGCUUGUCAGCAAACUGAGAUGCACUAUCCCUUUUCUAUUAAAAAUGAGCUGAUGUGUCAGGAAACCAACGCAAGCAAAGUGGAUUUGAUAUCCCCUUCCUUGUGUGUCUUAUCUUAUUGUUUUGGUUGUUUAUAUGGUAAUAAUUGAAAUUCAAGUUGAAAUUUAAAUAUUAAUAUUUCUGAUUUGUUGAGCUUUGAACUAUGCCACCAUGCUUAUGUAAAAAUGAAGGUGGCACCAUGGUGAAACCUAACAAGAAGUAGUGUUUCAGCUCUUAUCAGUUGUGAUUCUCUUUCCUGUGACCUCUUUCUGGGCUAUCUGGAACCAUAGCAAAAGGAUACUGCAUCUCUUGUUACUGUAGUGCCGAGGUUAUUGAAGUUACAGAAACAUAUCCAGUCUGUUUCUUAGAAAGGUGUCUGUUAAGUCUUGCUAGGUGACUGACAAGAAAAGUAAAUGUGUUUCAUGUUUUGCACACCAAUGCAGCAGGAUUUGUAUAACCAUAUGACUUCAUAGUUGUGAUCUCAAAGGAACUUCUUCCCUUUUUCUUGCAAUUAAUGUAAGAAUACUCUAAGUCUCUAAACUUCUGAAAUGUUAGAGGUAGAGAUGGUCUAGUAAAGAUGUAAUGUUUAUCUUAUCCAUUUAGCAUGUGUUUAUUUCUCCUUCUGUUCUCAAGGUGAUUUGUUCCUUCAGCUCAGUGAUACCAUAGUCAAAAAUGAUGAGCAGCAGUGCUCUCCACCUAACAAAUCAAAUGAUUCUUUUAUAUUGUGUUGAGUAUUUAACACUUUUUUACAUUGAAAAGGUUCUUGAAGGUUCUUCAUAAUUGCAUCAUAGAAGAAACUGUGUCAUAAGUAGUCAAUUGACAUCCAGCUGAAGCAUUCAUAUGUUGCUUAAUUUCCCGACAAACCCCAUGAUGGAAAGACUUAAAAAUGAACUUGGAAAAUACUGAAAUUAGAUUUAUCAGGUUCUGUUAAAUUGUUACAUAUGUCUUGCUUAAUUUCUGUUUAUUAAUUUAUAUCCACCCAAUUAUAAAGUAAAUUUGGAGGAAACA